AACGCCAGGCGUCGAGAUGGUUCCACGCAGUCCGACUAUGGCAAACUUUUUACGCAACCAUCAAAAUGGAAAUUUUCCUACUUGAAUAUCUGAGUACUCCAAGAAGCGAAUUGAGGGAAACGAAUUACGACCUUCACUAGCCAAAUACUGAAGAGCACGCAAUCUCCGGAGUACCUGCCUGUACAAUACAGAAAGGACUAGUCGUUAAUUUUUUUUAUUUUUUAUUUGCAAUAUAUUCAUUUGGUGAUAGUGAUUGGAAUGCUUUUGAAUUCUUUUUAAAACCAAACACAAAAAAAUUUGAAUAGUGGGCUUCAAUGAUGAAGCGAUUGUGCGCGCGGCUAUCGCGACGUCGAUUCGGCACACCCUCAUAAGCACAUGAGAACUUGCGGGCGCGACGACCGGCGGCGCGUAGUCUGCAGCCACGGACGACCACCACGCGCACUCUAUCCUACGUCCAUGUGUUUAAAUUGAAUUCCUAUCACGACACCAAAUUUUCUUCGUCAAGAUGGGUCAUUUCGCAUACGUAGGCAGUUCGGUCUAGGUUUUUUUCUACCUGGGAGCGAAAGCGGACUUUACGAAUGGGUGUGUACUUGCAGGUGAUACGUUAAACGGUCAACGACUGAUCGAGUUUAGACUCGGCCAAGAGGCCGACCAAAGCGAGGGUCUAUCCGUGGCCAGCGCCGAGCUAAUGGUGCGCGCCGAGACGGCGCCGCGCGCGCGCCACCUACGCUACACGCUGUGGGCGUUCACGGUGGAGGGCAACAACAGCGUGGGUGCGCUGGCUGGCGCAGCACGGCGUGACCCCAGUCGUGGUUGGCAGCGCCUGGACGUGACUGCGGCGGCGAGGCGCUGGACCGCGGGCGGAGCUAGGGGGCCGCUGCGACUGCUGUUGGACUGCAGCGGUUGCCUAGGCCGCGUACGUCUGCGGUUAGGUGGCGGUCAGGCGGCACGGCCAUUACUGCGCCUCCGACUAGCGCCGCCACCGCAGCGUCGGCGCCGGUCGUUAGAUUGCGACGCCGCAUCGCGAGGCAGCUGCUGCCGCCAGACUUUCUACGUGAGCUUCCGCGCGCUGGGCUGGGACGACUGGAUUGUAGCGCCGGAGGGUUACUACGCAAAUUACUGCCGCGGUGCGUGCGCGCCCUUCCAAAACUACCACGCGCAGGUGGUGGAGGCGGCGCGGCUAGAGCGCGCGGCGUGCUGCGCGCCCGUGCGCUUCUCUGCACUGUCGCUCAUCUACUUCGGCGCCGACGCCAACAUCAUCAAGCGUGACCUGCCCGAGAUGGUGGUCGAGGAGUGCGACUGCCCUUAGCGGCGCCCUGUACAUAGCUGCCGCCCGCGCCGCGCCUCCGCCCCGCCCCGCUCUCCCGUGCUUCUGCCGCUCUCGAAUCCGAUUUAAUCCGAAUCGAUUAUAAAUAAUAUUUUCGACUUGUGUAAUACUUUGUUCCUCACGUUCGAAAGACUAUAUCCUACAAUCGAAUAACUAUAUGCGUGUGCGCAGAGAGUCGAACCCAGGCGGGCCGCGCCGGCGCCGCCGCCGAGGGACAGUCAGAUAACAAUCGCCGCUGCGCCGGUGCCGCCCGCUCGAUACAUAUUACAGAAACGCGCGACUCUCCAUGCACAAUGCUAGAUAAUUUAAUACGCCAUUUUCUUUCACCCUGUUUGGUGAUCGCUUGUAAUUAUUG